CACGUCACGCAUGUCAAUAUUGACACAUAAAUCAGUAUUCAUUCAACGGAAAAAUAAUUUUUAGUUAAAUAGCAAUGUCUCGAGAGUUUCAUCAAAGAAAGUCAUACGUGCCACCAGGCGGCCCCAUUAUUAAGGAUCCAUCAGUGAUAGCGGCACCAUCAGCAGAUGUAGACUUCGAGAAACCAAACAUCGUAUCAAAACCAAAAGUUCCAUUUCGACGCCGAUGUUGUAAAUAUUUGUAUAAUAAAAACGACAACACUAUAUGCGGCAGAACAGCACGCAGUUGGUUAUGCAUUAUUGGUUAUUCGUUUAUGUAUCUAAUGUUCCUCAGUACAUAUACAAUGAUUUUCUUAUAUGCCAGCUUAUCUAUAAUCAAGGUAGCCGUUGACUUUGGCCAAACGGAGAAAGUUGAGUUUCUUUCAUACAGACAGAAUGGCAUCGGACUGACAGCUACUCCUGUAUCUUCAUUGGGAGGUUUUCCUUUGAUUUGGUACAAAAAUGGCGAAUCUCACCAGUACAAGAGAUACGUUGACGCUAUCAAUAAAGUAUUGAACAAGUCUAAAAAUGGAACAAAUUUGGGUCCGUGCGCUAAACCACCAUACGGAUACGGUGAUAAACCUUGCGUUAUAAUAAGAAUAAAUAAACAAAUAAAUUGGUCGGUUAAACCUCUUGAUGUUAAGACGGCUGAUGCUAAAAAUGCCCCACCUGAAGUGAAGAAUUGGAUAAAGUCUAAAAAGAAUAUGUUGUGGUUACAUUGUAGUGGAUAUCACUCUUAUGAUAAAGAGCAUAUAAGAAGUAUAAAAUAUUAUCCCGAUCCGCCUGGUUUCGACCCUGCAGUAUUCCCAAUGGAUAUGACAAGUGAAUCGCCGUUGGUUGCAGUGCAAAUAUCUGAUUUCACUUUAGGUUUAUCUUUGGCUAUGGAAUGUAAGUUAUGGUAUGAGAAUGGCGAGUCUUCUAUUGAGUUCUUGCUAUAUGUGACGCCACAAACCGUUAUUCACUCGUAUCCAGGAUUUAACGACACAACUAUGUAAUGUAUCAGAUGAAUUAUUACUAUAAAAAUAAAGUUGUACACCUUCAUAAA